GCGCUGACGGGCGCGGCGGGGGCGGCCGAGCGCUCCUGCGGCUGCGGCUCAGGCUCCGGCGUCUGCAUUUCCCCAUGGGGCUGGCCCGCGGCGCCCGGGCGCUCUGAGAUUGUCACUGCUGCUCCAAGGGCACACGCAGAGGGAUUUGGAAUUCCUGGAGAGUUGCCUUUGUGAGAAGCUGGAAAUAUUUCUUUGAAUUCCAUCUCUUAGUUUUCCAUAGGAACAUCAAGAAAUCAUGAACAACUUUGGUAAUGAAGAAUUUGACUGCCACUUCCUCGAUGAAGGUUUUACUGCCAAGGACAUUCUGGACCAAAAAAUUAAUGAAGUUUCUUUUUCUGAUGAUAAGGAUGCCUUCUAUGUGGCAGACCUGGGAGACAUUCUAAAGAAACAUCUGAGGUGGUUAAAAGCUCUCCCUCGUGUCACCCCCUUUUAUGCAGUCAAAUGUAAUGAUAGCAAAGCCAUCGUGAAGACCCUUGCUGCUGUCGGGACAGGAUUUGACUGUGCUAGCAAGACUGAAAUACAGUUGGUGCAGAAUCUGGGGGUGCCUCCAGAGAGGAUUAUCUAUGCAAAUCCUUGUAAACAAGUAUCUCAAAUUAAGUAUGCUGCUAAUAAUGGAGUCCAGAUGAUGACUUUUGAUAGUGAAGUUGAGUUGAUGAAAGUUACCAGAGCACAUCCAAAAGCAAAGUUGGUUUUGCGGAUUGCCACUGAUGAUUCCAAAGCAGUCUGUCGUCUCAGUGUUAAAUUCGGUGCCACGCUCAGAAAUAGCAGGCUCCUUUUGGAACGGGCAAAAGAGCUGAAUAUCGAUGUCGUUGGUGUCAGCUUCCAUGUAGGAAGCGGCUGUACCGAUCCUGAGACCUUCGUGCAGGCAAUCUCUGAUGCCCGCUGUGUUUUUGACAUGGGGGCUGAGGUUGGUUUCAGCAUGUAUCUCCUUGAUAUUGGCGGUGGCUUUCCUGGAUCUGAGGAUGUGAAGCUUAAAUUUGAAGAGAUCACCAACGUAAUCAACCCAGCGCUGGACAAAUAUUUUCCGGCAGACUCUGGAGUGAGAAUCAUAGCUGAGCCCGGCAGAUACUAUGUUGCAUCAGCUUUCACACUUGCGGUUAAUAUCAUCGCCAAGAAAAUUGUAUUAAAGGAACAGACUGGCUCUGAUGAUGAGGAUGAGUCGAGUGAACAGACCUUUAUGUAUUAUGUGAAUGAUGGCGUCUAUGGAUCAUUUAAUUGCAUACUGUAUGAUCACGCACAUGUAAAGCCCCUUCUGCAAAAGAGACCUAAACCAGAUGAGAAGUAUUAUUCAUCCAGCAUAUGGGGACCAACAUGUGAUGGCCUUGAUCGGAUUGUUGAGCGCUGUGACCUGCCCGAAAUGCAUGUGGGUGAUUGGAUGCUCUUUGAAAACAUGGGUGCUUACACUGUUGCUGCUGCCUCUACGUUCAAUGGCUUCCAGAGGCCGACGAUCUACUAUGUGAUGUCAGGGCCUGCGUGGCAACUCAUGCAGCAAUUCCAGAACCCCGACUUUCCACCCGAAGUAGAGGAACAGGACGCCAGCACCCUGCCUGUGUCUUGUGCCUGGGAGAGUGGGAUGAAACGCCACCCAGCAGCCUGUGCUUCAGCUGGUAUUAAUGUGUAGAUAUCACUCUGGUAGCUGUUAACUGCAAGUUUAGCUUGAAUUAAGGGAUUUGGGGGGACCAUGUAACUUAAUUACUGCUAGUUUUGAAAUGUCUUUGUAAGAGUAGGGUCGGCACGAUGCAGCCAUAUGGAAGGCUAGGAUAUGGGUCACACUUAUCUGUGUUCCUAUGGAAACUAUUUGAAUAUUUGUUUUAUAUGGAUUUUUAUUCACUCCUCAGACAUGCUACUCAAGAGUGCCCCUCAGCUGCUGAACAAGCGUUUGUAGCUUGUACAAUGGCAGAAUGGGCCAAAAGCUUAGUGUUGUGACCUGUUUUUAAAAUAAAGUAUCUUGAAAUAAUUAGGCAUUGGGACGUUUUUACAGCGUGUUCAUUCCAGACAGUUCGUGAGUCCCGUAUAGCUCGUUCUGAUUCUCAGAGAACAAUGGGUCCACACACACACAGGUAGGAGGACAGGUGAGACGGAAGUCCCGUCCUCCAGUGUGGACAGUGCACAUCUGCUCAGCCCACCCCACAUGUCCAGAGUUGGCCGUGAACUCCGUGUGCAGAGGCCCUGGUGGUGGGACCUACUUAAGUCUGAUAGACCUGGCCUGCAGAGACCAUCCAUGUCGCCUCCCACCUUCACGCCCGUGAGAGCUUAGGAAUGUAUAUAGCACAACAUUUGGCAGUCAGCUUAUUUUAAUAAAUUCAGCAACAGCAAGUCCCCA